UGCACGCGCUCCGCCUGGAAUCCUUCGAGCCGCGGUGGCGUGCAAGACCUGCGCGGGCGAUCAGAUCCACAAGCCAUGCGAGCUGCAGCGGAGGCCAGCGCCCAUGGCGUGUAGAUCAGCGCGGGGGGGAGGGGAGUGAGCGCAUCAUGUAGGUGACGUGAGCGGGUUCGCUGUUUGUUUGUGUAGCUUAAUGGUGAAAAUGGCGGUGCGGAGAGAGAGAGAGCCCGAGCAAUGCGAGCAUUAAACACCCCGAGAACGCCUCGCUCCGGCUGACAGCGUCCACACGACGCACGGCGGCGGCCGCAGGAACGUUUCCAGCGCAGGAUUUAUCUCCACUUCCGGCUUUAGUGCAGGACGCGGAGUGAAAACCAGCUGCGUCCUGAUCUCACUCAGCUCUCGGCUAACUCCGCUAGCUGUUAGCCUGCAACUAGCACACGCAACCUCAUUGGCUAAAGCGUGCUGUAGCCGCGACUCGUGCAAACAAACAAACAAACAAACAAACAAAACUUUCCGUGUUUUUACGGAACAACAGCGUGCACGCGCGCGGCGUGGGAUUAACAGCGCGUGCAUUAAAUACUCAAUCAGAGAGCAGAAGUGCAGCGCGCGCGGACUCGCAGCUUGUCAAAACAUUUGCAUUAGACUGAGUGCAGGACUGAUCUCUCCAUCUGAGCAGGUUGUGUUCAGUGUGCCAUUGUUUUCUGCCGCCCCAGUGGGAUGGUGCUGCAUGACAGCGAGGGCAUGGCACUGUAGCCCCCUCUGCUUCACGUCUCUGUUCAUCUGUCUCCAUCACACAAGGCCAGUGUUUCCCUCCAUGAGCACCUUUGCAUAAGCUCAAAAUGAGUGCCUCAGGAGAGAGUGCCCUUGACCCUGUCACCUCGGAGUCACGCAAAAGGAAAGGCUCUCCUUGUGACACCUCUGGUCCGAGCGGGGAGAAGUGGCGCAGGGAGCUGGAGAGCCGCUACAUCGAUGAGCUGGCUGAGCUGCUGUCGGCCAACAUGGGUGACCUUGCCAGCCUCAGCGUGAAGCCAGACAAAUGCCACAUCCUCAAGAGCAUGGUGGACCAGAUCCAGCAGAUCAAGCGGCGGGAGCAGGAGAAAGUAGCUCUGAUGUCCCCUGAUGACGAGGUGCAGAAGAGUGACGUGUCCUCCAGCAGUCAGGGCAUGGUGGAGAAGGAGGCUCUCGGUCCUCUCCUCCUUGAGGCCCUGAACGGUUUCUUCUUCGUGGUCAACCGUGAGGGUCGGAUUGUGUUUGUAUCUGAGAACGUCACAAACUACCUAGGUUACACCCAGGAAGAGCUGAUGACCUCCAGCGUCUACAGCAUCCUGCACGUGGGCGACCACAAUGAGUUUGUGCGCAACCUACUCCCCAAGAGCCUCGUCAAUGGGGUGCCGUGGCCGCAGGAGCACAGUCAGAGGAACAGUCACACGUUUAACUGUAGGCUGCUGAAGAGGCCUCCGGACGAGGCGGACGCAGAAAACCAGGAGGCUCGGCAGCAGUACGAGCACAUGCAGUGUUUCACUGUCUCUCAGCCCAGAGCAGUGCAGGAGGAAGGCGAAGACUUGCAGAGCUGCCUGAUAUGCAUAGCGUGCCGUGCGCCCCGAGUGCCACAGAUUCCUGUCAGUACAGAGUCCUUCAUCACCAAGCAGGACCCCACAGGGAAGAUCAUCUCCAUUGAGACGAGUGCUCUGAGAGCCACAGGCCGGCCAGGCUGGGAGGACCUGGUCAGGAAGUGCAUCUAUGCAUUCUUCCAGCCACAGGGCAAAGAACCCUCCCAUGCCAAGAAGCUGCUACAAGAGGUGAUGACCCAUGGUACGGCCAUCAGCCCUCUGUACCGUUUCACUCUUAGUGACGGGACGCCCCUCAGCGCACAGACUCGCUGCAAGUUCUGCUGCCCUCCCAACCCCGACGUACAGCCCUUCAUCAUGGGCAUCCACACUAUCGACAGGGAAAACAACACUGCUAGCUCUCAGGAAAACACUACCCAUAGCCUCUUGUCCACAGCGGCUGCCCCGGCUUGCUCUCCUGCCAUGCAGCCCUCUGGCGAAGUCAGUCUGCACCACAACAAUGCCAACGGAGGUACAUCUGCCCCUGGCACCACCAUGCCCAGCCGGGUCGCCCCUCCCCAGCAGGGCAGUAGCCUGUCGCCACUGGGCAGCCCUCUCACAGCCACCCCUACCUCGUUCAUGUCUCCCCGGCCUCCCCGAGCCAGCCCAGGCCUGGCAAGCAGCCCACGUGUCUCAGGCCAUCCUUUCUCGCCCCCCGCACCUGGCAUUCACUCUCCUGCUGGCGCACUGGCACGGCAGCAGUCAGGUGGUGAUGGAAUCCCUUUCUCUCUCCCUUCUCCACUGGCCAGGCAGACUCCCACGCCCAGCAGCUCACCUGCACGUCCACCUCCAGCUAAGCCGCCCGAGCCGGGCCACAACGAUGAACCCAGAAGUGCUAACCCCAAACUCAGCCAGCUUCUGGAUGGCACAGGAGGCACCACAGACCAUGAGGCCUCACCUGCCUCCCAGAAUCGCUCGGCACCCUCUGGCCAGUGCCCAGCGUCCCACAGCACACUGACGGAGCGCCACAAGAUCCUGCACCGCUUGCUCCAGGACAGCAGCCCUGCCGACGGCACCACCGAGCCCGAGAUCAAGAAGGAACUGCUAGCGAGCAGCCCGAGAUCCGGUCUGGUGCUGCCACCUGGCCUAGGAAGCACCAAGCAGCAGCAGGACCACCAGCUGCUGCGCUUCCUGCUUGACACAGAUGAGAAGGACCUGGUGGACCUGCCCCCACCUGCAGUGCUAAGCCUGGACACGGUGCGCGUCAAAGCUGAGAAGAAACAAGGAGACGAAAGUGGGCAGUGUAGUGCUGCUACUCCUCCUGCUCCGGCAGUCACAUGCUCAUCCAAAUCCAGCGAUAAGCCCACUGCGUUUCCCAGUGCUGAUCUGCAUACAUUGAACCAGUUACUGCCCAGCCUCAGGCCUGGGGGUGAAAAGUCGGUGGACGAGCCGGGGCUGCCCCAGCAGGGUGGUGACAGCGUUCCCAUAGGAGUGAGUGUGAAACAUGAACCGCCGGGAACACCGAGCCGUGUGUUCCCCGAUGGCUCUAGUCUCCAGAGUCAGUCUCCCUUUGACUUCUGCAGUCCCUCCACACCCACCCAGGCUCAGGGUCAGGGUCCGGGUCCGGUUCCGGGUCCAGGUCAGGUACUGGGGCAGGCUGACCCCUUUCAGCUACCCAAAGAGAGCAGCAGCCCCUUCAGUGACCCCACCAGCAUCACCAUAUUCAACACCAACACAGGCCUGACUAAGCUGGAUGUCCCUGAGUCACAGCAGUUCCAGUCCAUGUCCCUGGCUGAAUCCAUGGCAUUUGAUGGCACUCUGGGAAGCCAUGCACAUGCUCCUCUGUCCUCACCUCAAGAGCAGUGUGUUCCGUGUCCCCUGGAUGAGAUGCUAAUCCCGCCCACCACUCCGGAAGCUCGCAACGAUGAGAAGGCCCUGCUCGAGCAGCUCUUGUCUUUCCUGAGUGGCACAGAUGAAAGUGAGCUUGCUGAGCUGGACCGGGCACUGGGCAUCGACAAGAUCGUCCAGAGUGGCUGCCUGGAUCAAAUCACUCAGCGUUUCACCCAGCCUCAGCCAUCCGCCCCCGUGCCUAGCUACCCGUCCCAGUUCCCCACCUCUCCCUCACAGUUCCCGGCUGAGAUGAGCACGCCACAAGGUAUGAGCUUCGGGGCGUCGCGCGUACCCUUCCCGAGCAACGUUGGAAUGAACCCGAUGCGGCCUGGAAUGAACCGGGCCCCGGGGAUGCCCACUCAGAUGCGCCUGCCACCAAACCAGUUGAGGCUGCAGCUUCAGCAGCGGGUACAGGGCCCACAGCAGCUACAGAACAGGUUGGCAGCCAUGAGCCAGUUUCCACAGGGGGUACCUGUUGCAAUGGGGGUAAGGCAAGGCAUGCAGCAGCCCCAGAUGCCGUCACAGCCCCCACUCAAUGCUCAGAUGCUUGCCCAGAGGCAGAGGGAGCUCUACAGCUUCCAGCACCGCCAGAGGCAACUGCUGCAGCAGAAAGUCAUGAUGAUGAGGCAGGGAAUGAACCCAGGGCCCAUGGGAGCCCAGCGCGUCCCCAAAGGCCCUCAGCAGCCACAGCAACAGCAGCAGUUUGGCUAUCCUCCAGGCUACAACACUGUCCCUGGAAGCACCCCUACCUCACCCAGCCACUUCAACCCCAUGGGGACGCCGCUGGACCCCAAGCUGUCUGCCAGGCUGCCCAUGGCAAACCAAGGCAUGAUAGGAGGCAUGCAGGGGCAGUUUGGGGGACCAGUGAACUCUCCUGUUCAGCAGGGACUCUUCCAGCAGUUCGGGGGUGCAGGUAUGGUCCAGCAAGGAGAUCCAUCAUUCCCCCCUGAACUCAGCCCCACCAGCCCCUUGCUGUCACCACAGAACCCCACCUCCCAGAGUCCUCUGCUCCAGCAGACCCAGCCCCCACCUGGUUAUCAGUCACCCGACAUGAAGAACUGGCAAGGUGGCGUGACUAACAGUCUAUAUAAUCAACCUGGCCAGACUAGCUCGCAGACUUUUGGCCAGCAGGGUGUGUACAACAACAUGAGCAUCACUGUCUCCAUGGCCGGGGGCUCAGGAGCUGCGGGUUCACUACCUCCGAUUGGACCACCAGUUGGCAUUGGCAACAACAACCUUGGUAACGUCAGCUCUAUGUGUAAUGAUCAGGUACAGCAGGUUCAAGUGUUUGCCGACGUCCAGUGCACAGUAAACCUAGUGGGGAGUGACUCCUACCUGAACCAGCCAGGGCAAGUAGGGCACCAGAAGCCCCAGAGCAGCACCAGCACUUCCCAGUCGCAGCAGAAGAGCCUCUUACAGCAGCUCCUGACUGAGUGACCCCUAACACACACCUGUGUAGACGUCCCCAACAACGUCAGAGUUUCUAUUCAUCACCUUUCGGUUUCUGUAUGGGGAAUACCUGCUGGGCUCGGGAUCUGUGGGCCCAGGCUAAUGGCAUUUUGCAACCUGUUAGACAGCUAAAGCAGUGCUCAUUCCUGGUCACCUACUUUUCAAAGUCUGCUUCCUCAGUAGGGGUCAAAACAAGUGAAUACAAUGAUCACGUUCCAGAAAUUUGCCAAGUUCUGUAAAAGGACCUGCUGCUUUCUCGCCAGCUGACAUCCCUAACUGGGCCAUCGGCGCAGUGCUUCUUGGAGACUGGGCAGCUUGGAAACUGGGGCAGGCGUUUGCCACGGUUCUGCUGCAGCGAUCCACAUGAGCCUCGGUCAACGGGACAACGCUUGGGAGUGUUAAGGUUCUCUCCGCACUGGACAGCUCAGUUUCAGCUGGAUCUGUGACUGAUAAGCUCUCCUCAGAUGAUGGGGGGAGAGUUUCCCGAUGUUUUGUUUUCUCUCUCUCUCUCUCUCUCUCUUUCUCUUUCUCUAUUACCUGAUGAGUUUUAUUAUUUUCUUUCAUCGCCUGUUUUGUCAGAACAAGCAUUGCCAGGUUGGGAGAAGAAACAUCUCACAUCUGCUACAAGCUUUCCUGGGAGAACUCGUUUUAAAACGGCAGACAUUUUUAAAAAGAAAUAAAUAAAUAAACGUCCUGAACGUCCCUCCACCCCACCUCUCAGCAGCUGUGAAUACGAGCCACUUUAGGGUCGCAUCAGCCUAUCAGUGUUGUUUGCCAUGUGUAUUGUGCAGGUUGGUAUUAUUGUACAGCACAAAAGCGGACAAAGGUCAGGACAAGCUCACACUUUCUAAUUUUGUUUUUGAAAAACAUUGUUGAAUCACUCUACAACCAACUUUCAUUUGAAUGCAUUGACGUCAUGGGUUUCAAACUGGCUCUCUUCUUUUAUAGCUUUGAGAAUAUGUAUUUUUUUUUUCUUAUUUUAAAAGAAUAAUGUUUGAAAUCAAAAAAAUUGUAUGUACUAAGUAACACAGCUGAAUAUUUCCUGGGGAGGUGUCUAGCUCUCAAGUUGUUCAUGAAGGAAAGGGAAAGGAGAGGUCUUGCAAAAAAAUAGAUAUAUAUAUAUAUAUAUAUAUAUAUAUAUAUAAUUUUUUUCUGAUUGAUAUUGGUAUGCGUUGUGUUUUCUGGCACCCCAGUAUAUGUUACAAUCCCCAAAUUCUAUUGUAUAGUACAUGAUAACAUAAUGAAGCUUAAAUUAUCUAAACUGAUUUUGAUAAUUCAGUGGAGUUUACUAUUGCUUUGUGUUCAUAGACAGUCUAGAAAUCCCAAGUUGCUUAUUUCUGGCUCUGUAAGGACGAGGCGUUGUCUCUCGCACGCGCCGCUGACUGCGUCCUCCAGCUCUUUGACUGCUCAUGUGACUACUGUUUGCCCAGUCAGACACUGUUCUUCAUCAGCAUUGUCCUCGCCUCAUUCGCUUCCUCCUCUUGUCCUCCCUGUCCUGUUUUUUUUUCUUUUUUUAAGACUCCUCAUUACAGUGAAGCACAUAGCCAGCGUUCUGUUUUGGACUUCAGCAAAUGUGAUCGCAUGCAAUAACGAUCAAUUAUAUGCAGAGGCAAGAAUUUGUUGACCUGAGAAUCUGUGUUCAGAGGAAGUCAGAUGAAUUUGGCGGCGAGAAAAAGGGUUUAUCAGAUAGAGAAUAUAGAUAUAGAUAUAUAUAUAUAUAUAAACGUAUGGUCCAAAUUUGUCUCGCCAUGUACAUACAUAAAAGGUAUUUCACUAAAAGUGCAUGACCAUCUACCACCCCGACCUCCGACUCCUCAUCCUACACAAAACAACGUUCUCUGAUUUGUAUAUCGCUCUGUGUACUUUUCAGUGGUGUGUUUUCGUGCGUGUGCUGUGUAUUCAAAGAAUGGCUCUUUUUUUUAUUAUUAUUAUUAUUGUUUUAUUAUUAUUUUUUUUUUUUAGCUCAAUCCCACACCAAGAUGAACUGCCUGCUUCUUACAGCUUGCAUGUUGGUGAAACAGCGAGGCCUUUCCUGAGCCACUUUUUGAUAUAAAUGUACAUACACAUUACAAACGAAUUACACAACAGGUUUACAGUGCAUUAGUACAUUAGACGUACCGUCCCACGUGAAAAUAAAAAAGGAUUGGCUAUGUUCAAACCUUACAGGAUGUGAUUAGGAGUGACCUGUUCUGGCGUGGUUCAGAUAUUUGGACAGACGUUCCUGUACAAUGAAGACUUUAGAUGUUAUGUGCCAGUUAAUCAGGUACUUUUUUUUUUUCUUACCCUUUUAACAAAGCCCUGUUCACACCAUUUCUGAGAUGCCAAAAACACCAGGUUAGAAUGCAGUGCCUAUUAACAAUGGCUUACUCUUUAAUAAUUCUGUAAUAAAUGGCUCUUGGUCAGUUCCACUCCAAGGUACAAUGGUUUAUCGUGUAAAUAACAGACAAAUGUGAAUAUGUAUUUGUUCUGAGUCAACAAUAUUGUAGUGCUCCAAGUUUGUGGUAAUAACUACUUUCUUCCAUUUUUUCUCUUUUUUUCGGGAUGUGUAUGACUGUCUGAAAGUAUCUAUGUGUGGUUAAUACUGUAUAUCAGAUGUUUAAAAAUGGAAACGUCCUGAUGUUUUUUCUUAUUUUCUUUUUUUUUUUAAUUUUUUAAAAAAUUUUUAAUUUUUUUUUUUUUUUUUUUAAACAUAUACCUGCAUCUUUCCUUUGGGUGUUCAGAUCUUUUAUGUGAGAAUGGUUUUAGCGACUGCUGAAUGUGACUUUACUGAGAGAGAAGCAGCAUGGUCUGGCUUUUGUACGGGUUAAUUUAAAAAAGAAAAAAAAAAAGAAAAAAAAAAAAGUAAAGAAAAAGGCCAUAUUAUUUAAUUUUCCGUCAAAGGUUUAAACAGCUCUGAGGAAGUGGAACCUUGGUUUGAGGUGAACGGUGCUCAGGUAUUUCAGAUUUCAUUUGCCACGAGUUUUUUUUUUCCCAAGGAAUAAUGACCAAAGCUUCGAGUAUCAUGAAAAAAAUCUUAUAUGCAAAGCUCAUGCAAUUGGAUAGAAUUAAUGUAGCAUCGUUUCUCUUCACUAGACAUCACGUAGUUUAGCUUAGUUUAUUGGUAACACUACCGCUCUGUAGCACAGUGUGUGCUGGUUUCUGGGGUUUUCUUUCUUAGUGUUUUUUUUUUUUUUUUUUUUUUUUUGCCUGGUAUUUCUAUCCUUACAGAAUUUUUACAAGCCUGUCAUACUCACACAACACAGAAAUGUUUUUCGGGGACGACAUGUAAUCACUGUUUUCAGGAAGAGAAAUGUACUACAGCUAGCUAUGCACCUUAACCGAGACCCGAUUCUCAUUUCUGAUUCAGAUGUUCAAGUGGUUUUGUUUUGUUUGUUUGUUUUCAGCUCACAGAAAUACCUGAUUUAUGGUUUGAAACAUGGUUUUGGGCUAAAAAAAAAAUCCACACUGAUGCAAGUAUUCUUAAAUCUUUGACUUUAUUUAGCUAAAUUCUUUAUACCAAAAUUGAGGUGCCUGUUGUAUAUAUUUUCUGCACAGAGGGACUGCUCCUCUUGUUUGUGGAUUUUUCUUGUUGACAAAGAUUUUCUUAUAUCGACCUUUGUAAGAAGACAUGUUUGCUGUAUUUUACAUGAUUUUUUUACUCAAAAAAAAAAAAAAAACGUUCCAGGAAUUUGCAAGGAAUACAAUCUAGUUUUGCACUUUAUAAUUCAAUUCAAAGGAAAGAGGCCAUCGUUAGAAGAAAAAAAAAAAACAAAAAAAAAAAACCCAAGUCACAGACCUUUGACAUGAGUAACUACAACUGUCCCCUGAAUGUAUUGGAGUACAGCGUCCUUUUGCUUUUUGAUGUCAGACUUGGAACUUUCUCAGGUUCUUCAGAGAGAGCUUGGCCGUAGCCCCUCAUCCUUCAUCAGCGAGCGAGCAGGGUAACCUCACUUUCCGCUACGUUUACGUCUACUUCUCGUAAUUGCUGCAGAGUCUAAAGUUUUUUCAAACUAUGCCAAUGUUCUUCAGGUGAUCCACUUCUCCCUUUCCCUUCAUGUGCUUACAUUCACACCUUUCACUUCUGAAGACAUUCCUCAGACCUCUCUGCUUUUCCUGUCGCAUCACACUGAGCUGUGAUCCAGGCCCCUACUGUGCCAAGCCGUAAUAACCUGUUGUGGUUGUGGUUGUUGUGUAAGCGCUUUCGUCCAGCACGCAUCUCCUUCACGUUUCACCUCUCUACUCUAUCACUUUGUAGGCGCUACUGUUUGACCGAGAUCUUUUUGCUGCCUUAUUAAUAAUUAAUAUGGAUGUUGGUUGCAGUGGCAUAAACUCUGCUGAAACGGCACUGAUCACUCAAAGUAAGGUUCCACUUUUCAACUGUAAAAUUAAUAUAAAUAAGUAUAAAUAUAUAUAACUAUAUACAUUUUAUUCAUUUUGUCCAGUUUGUAUGAUACUUGUGAAAUCUUUUCCCCUCGAGAGGCAUCACUGCAGCUGCGUUGGGACAUUGAGUGAAUGAGUGAGUGAAUGAAAUGAAUGAAUGAAUGAAUAUGUGUCUGGGAGAAUUCUGCAUGUUAGCAUGAUUUUUUUUUCUUUUUUUUUUGUUUGUUUGUUUGUUUGUUUUAGUUUUGUUUAUUUUUUCGUUCCUUCUGUCCAGGAGUGUCUGGAAAAAAAUUGUACCUUUCUUAGGACGUUGUAGACAAUCAGUCACAUGCUGGGUCCAGCAGCUGCAGGUCCGUCCUGUGGGCUGCAAACUGUGUUGUAGUUGUUGUAGUUGUUGUUGUUGUUUUCCUCAUCUACUUCAGUCUUAUUUCUCUUGUCCAUUUCAUGGAAAAUAUGUGGCUGCUCAAACUGAAAUAGUUCAAGUUUACACAUGUAUGCAUACACACACAUACACACACACCUCUUGUGCAUAUGGCCCCUUCUGUUGCUUGUCUAAGGUGAUGAUGCAGACCUUGAAGGAAGUGAUGCUUUGACUAACAAAUCUCUAUAACAUCCAUGAAUGUGAGAAUGCAACACAUUGCAAUAAAAGCACCAUGUAAAAGUGUCGAAUUCUGA